AACCGUUACAUUUAUCAAGUGAAUCAAGCUGUGGUGCUGUGUGAUUGCUCAUCACAAUUUUCCAACGUUUUGAGUGCUCGCUCGUGCUACAUACGCAAUUUCCUGCAUCUUACGGUUUUGACCGUGUUUUUCUUUUGAAGUUAAUACAAGGCGCAACUACGAUUUGCCAAGAUGACGAAGUUAAUACAACAGUUAAAUUUUAGUAGUAGUAUUAGUAAUUACUACGGAGCAUCUGCGAUUGAAAUUGAACCCAACCCUCUGAAGGAGAAAAACCUCGGCGAUGGGGCGUCCCUGAACGCGGCGGCGGCCAGCAAGCGCUCCGCUUUGUCGGCUUCGGACGCCGAGUGCUUCUCGCUGUGCCUGGGCGCCGGGCCUCUGUGGUGGUCCGAUGUCCCUGCAGACGACUCGGCACCUCCCGGAGGGGUGAAUAGCGGGGCCUCGAGCCCCGCUACCCCAUCUACCCCCACCCACGACGACAACAACCGUGACUUGUUGAGCGGCCUUUUGUGGUGCAGCGCCAGUUCCCUCGUCUGCAGCGCGGAGUCCCUCACCGAGCCCUCUCCCACCGGCUUCACCGCGCAGCAGCAGCGCGAGAGAGAGGCUACCAUAGCCAAGAUCCUCUCGCGCAAAGACCGUCAGCCUGUUAAGAUUGACUUCAAGAUCCUGCUGACUGAGAACACGGUCACUCGCUGGGAAGCUGUGCUGCAAGGCAACACUAUAUACUUGCGUGUGCCCGGCGUGCUGCAGUCCGGCAGCAAGGAGAGCUUCAUGCUUCUGCUCGACUUCGCCGAGGAGCGGCUCGGCUGCAAAAACUGCAUAAUCUGCGUGCUGAAGAGCAGGCCGGAUCGCGCUACUCUGCUGCGCACCUUCAUGUUCAUGGGUUUCCAACUGCUGGCCCCCACCUCGCCCCUCAUGCCGCACGAGAUCAACAACCCUGAUUACAUCUUCUUGCACUACAACAUGCAGUAGAGUUGACAUGAUAGCAUCAUAGACGGCGCUAAAAGUUGCUGGUGUUUGAGCAGAGAUGGCGCUGAGAGUUGUUGGAGUUUGAUCAAAGAUGGCAUUGUAAAGAAUUUUGUGAUGUAUGAACAUCGGAGCGUUUUUAGCAAGGUUUCUGCCGAGUAAAAUGUGAUCAACUAAAAUCUUGUUGAUUUUAUCAAUAUCGAGAUAAUUUUGUACAGUAAUACGCCAUCUAUUUUGAAUAUCCAUGUCAACGAAACACGAAAAUAUAGAUUAUCGUGACAGAAUUAGAAAAUAGAAGGGCUUCGAGAUUUGUUUGGCUGAAUUUUAGAGAUUUACAUCGAAUAGUGUUAGAUCUGUCACGUUUGUAGCUGUCAAUAUGUAUUGUCAAUUGCCCAUAUCGAUGUUAACAUCCCUAUUAUUGAUAUCGAAUCGAUAGUGCACAGUUUAGUAUCGAAUCGGCACGUAUUUUCUUGAAUCUUUCACGGGGCUUGAUAUAGUUAAAAGGCGCCAACAAGUAUAUUAUAUAGGUGUUUAGUAUAUCAUAUUAUUAUGUAAAAUUACAUUUGUUUAAGUUUUUAAUGACUAGUUUCUCUGAAAUAUUAUUAAGCGAACAUAAAUACAGAUUAGAUUUCACGUAAUACAGUAACUUGGAAAAAACUUAAAUAAAUGUAGGUUAGUAUUUUGUUUCUACAAUUUCAGCUUUUAAUAGUGUGACAUCAUGCGGUAAAUACAUUUAUUUCCUUAACUAAUUUAUAGAUUCUUUACUAUGAUAUUGAGUAUGUUUGUCGUCGUAUUGUAUUCACCCUCUCCGGGGAUAGAGCAUAUAAUAAUAAUAAAAAAAAUAAAAAGUAAAAAAAAAAACAAAAAAAAAAAUUUUUUGUAAAAAUAUUUCGAGUUCCACAUAUUCACUAAUACAUUUUUUUUUCCUAACACCUACACUGUCAUUGCUUGAAGUUUUUUUUAAUAAACUUUAUGACCUAAACAUCUAACUAUUCAGGUUUUAAAAACAUUUUUUGUGUAAAAACAUAUGUUACUUAUUUGAAUAGUUUUGAAAGUGAUUCGAAAUAUUUUCUUUUCAAUAAAAAUAUGUGUAUUUUAAGUAUAUUAUAGAAGUAAGUGGUUUUUUGUUUAUCCUUUAGUUUUUAAGACUUCUCUCCAGAGUUGUCAGUAAUUUUUUAGGUUAUGUCUAGCGGUCCCCGAUAAUUUCAGUAUUCCUUUCAAAGUAUUACAUUUGGGAAUGGGUCCGCUGCUUAUAAUUGUAAGUUUAAUGUAUUAAUUGACGAAAAUUAAAGUUAAUCCUAAACAUA